AUGUCUGCUAACCCAGUGUUUACCACAGCGCCGAACCUCAACCUGAACCCCGAGGAGAAACGAGUCUACGGCCAGCUGUUCCGCCAGGCCGAUACUGAAAGCGUGGGCGUCGUGACCGGCGAAAUAGCUGUCAAGUUCUUCGAGAAGACCAGACUGGAUUCGCGCAUACUUGGAGAGAUCUGGCAAAUAUCCGACCGAGAGAACCGCGGCUUCUUGGAACCAGUAGGAUUUGGCAUCGCCUUGCGACUUAUCGGCCAUGCCCAAGCUGGACGGGAACCGAGUCAAGAGCUCGCUCUCCAGCAGGGCCCGUUACCGCGAUUUGACGGGAUCAACAUUGCGCCAGCCGCACCACCGCCUGCCCCUGCGCCAUUGCAGACACAAGGAAGUGGUCUUCAGGCGCAGGCGACCGGUGGGGGCCCAUUACGCAUACCGCCUCUGACGCCCGAGAAGGUCUCCCAAUAUGCCUCGCUAUUCGAGAGACAGAGCUUGAUGAAUGGAGGCCUGCUGCCCGGUGACCAAGCCAAGAACAUAUUCGAGAAGUCGGGACUGCCAAACGAGGCCCUUGGACGCAUCUGGCAGCUUGCAGAUACCGAGCAGCGCGGUGCCCUUGUCGUGACCGAGUUUGUGAUCGCCAUGCACUUACUGACUUCGAUGAAGGGAGGUACUCUGAGAGGGCUGCCUAAUAUCCUACCAGCUGCGCUCUACGAAGCUGCUACAAGGCGUGGCGCGGCACCCAGGCAGAGUCCAGUCACCACAGGGCCUCCUAUAUCUGCCAUUCCACGGCAGCUGAGUGGGACAGCGCAACCACGGACGAGCAGUCCCUUGGGACGGCCGCCGUUCAGCCCUCAAGGAACGGGUAUACCUCCACAGUUACCUCCGCAAGUGACUGGCAUACCUCCGCAGGCCACUAGCAUACAUCCACAAGCAACUGGUAGCGACUGGCUGGUCACACCGGCCGACAAGGUCAGGUUUGACCAGUUCUAUGCCGACCUAGACAAAACGAACAAGGGAUUCAUCACUGGCGAGGAGGCCGUUCCGUUCUUGAGCCAAUCUGGCUUGUCAGAGGAUGCUCUAGCACAGAUUUGGGAUCUUGCCGACUUCAACUCUCAAGGUCAAUUGAACAAGGACACCUUCGCGGUCGCCAUGUAUCUUAUUCGUCAACAGCGAAGCAAGAGAGAUCUGCCACUGCCUACUGCUCUGCCGCCAAAUCUCAUACCCCCGUCUAUGCGGAAUCACGCUCGACCUGCUCUGGGACCAUCGCCCUUUGAUGCACCCGCACCGGCACCUCCUCAACCCCCGCCGCAGCCCAAGUCUGCUCUCGAAGAUCUCUUCGGACUCGACACUGCGCCCGCCCCUAGGCCACCCCAAGCGGCACUAUCACCCCAGGGUACAGGCGCAUCGAGGGGGGGAGGCCCAAUAGGUAGAGAUCCGUUUGCAGGUGGUAAGCCGGCGUCACCGGUGCAACCCUCGCCAACGGGAAACACAUUCAAGCCUUUCAUUCCAUCCUCCUCAUUUGGCAGAACUCUGGCACAUCAUGAUACUGGAGGCUCAGGUACUUCAGCUCAGAAAAGCCCUUCAGCCAUGGAUGAUCUUCUUGGGGAUAACGACCCAGAAGCCAGCAAGAACAUUACAAAUGAGUCGACCGAGCUGGCCAAUCUGUCUAAUCAGGUCGGCUCAUUAUCGAAGCAGAUGCAACAGGUGCAAGGGCAGCGUAGCUCUACUCAGAACGAGAUCAACCAAGCAAGUGAGCAGAAGCAGAAUUUUGAGGCACGAUUGUCUCAAUUACGCACCUUGUACGAGAAGGAAGCCAACGAUGUACGGACCUUGGAAGAACAGCUGAGGAAUAUCCGUGAAGAAACGAAGAAGCUCACUGGCGAGAUGUUGACAAUUGAUGGUACUUACCAGGACCUUCAGACUCAGCACCAACAGCUCGCGCAAGCUCUCCAGGUUGACCAGCAGGAGAACGUCACCCUCAAGCAACGCAUGAGUUCCGUCAAUGCGGAAAUUGCGCAACUCAAGCCGCAGAUUGAGAAACUCAAGUCGGAGGCUCGGCAGCAAAAAGGACUGGUGGCCAUCAACAAGAAGCAACUAUCCACUGUCGAGGGAGAGCGAGACAAGUUGCAAACCGAGGUUGAGGAUCUCACCAAGAGUAACGAAGAGAUGGCUCGUCAAGUUAAUGCCAGUUCGCCGAAAGCUGCAUAUGCUCAGGUGGCAAGUCCAGCGCUGUCUACUGCCAGUGGCAACAACCCAUUCUUUAGACGGACGGGAAGUUCGGACAUCAUGGGUACCUUCUCGUCUCCUCCUAUGAAGUCAUACAAUGACAAGUCCUUCGAUGAUAUCUUUGGCAACUUCGGGACCAGUAGCAUUUCGGGCCCGCCGCCGCCGCCGACUUCAUUCAAGCAGCAGAACACCGGCGCCUCCACGGCCAGUGUCGGUUCCGGAUCCUUUGGCACCCCCGCAGGUUCAACCCCUACCGCUGGUCGCCAGGACACGCUGAAUGAGGAACCUCCGGCGUCCUCAGAGUCGCGGCAGCUCAACUCAAGUUACCUGCCGUUCGGUGAUGCGGCUGGGUCUAUGAGCUCGUCACGCCAGGUAUCACCUCCCCUCAGCAGGACUGGUGAAGGUCCUGGCACUUCCAGCUCCGUCCCAGCUCCAUUAGAGCCAUCUUUCACGGGUCAAAGCGUGACAUCUGCCUCCAACAAAAGCUCGGCCUCGGUAUACGACGAGCAGACACCGUCAGCUACUGUCAACGAUUCUAUCCCUGGUGCAUUCCCAGAUGAUACUCCGACCAAUACUGCCCCUCCUACGUCAUUCGGGGGAAACAGAGGUAGUGAUCCGUUUGGAAACAUGAAGAACACAGGCAAUGCCAAGGUAGACUUCGACUCUGCAUUCGCUAGCUUUGCCAACUCGUCCGCCAAACCUCAGGAGAAGCCGGCGAAGGAGCCUUCGAACGCGUUCUCGAGCUUCAACACCGAGUUCCCUCCGAUUUCUGAACUCGAGCGGGAUGACGAGUCAGACUCUGCCAGUGAAGGAAACAAAUUUGACGAUGACUUUGCGCCUGCUUCCCCCGCGGAGAAGAAGGUCGAGAACAGCGAGACUCGUCACUUUCCGUCUUCCCCAUCAACGACGAAGUCCGAUGUGCCGGCCGCAGAAGGUGCAACUACAAAGACUCAUUCCUCACAGCCGUCAAACCUAAGUCUGUCAAACUUCCCGGAACCGCCAAAGAGCCCACCUGCAUUUUCUUCUUCGUCAAAAGAUGAUGACCCCUUCGCACCUGUCCCGACUACCACAACAAACACUGCACCUGUAGCACCCAAGGGCGCCUUCGAUGACCUGGACGAUGAUUUCGAGGAUCUCGAGGAUGCCAAGGAGGGCUCGGCGGACGACGAAUUCGCAAACAUGUCGAGAUCCAAUCUGGACGACUUCAACCCUGUUUUCGACAGUAGUCCACCACCAAGUCACCCCAAGACUGAGUCUACUAAUGUUUCUAACGCAUUCGGGACUGAGGGCAGCUAUGACUUUGGUACCGUGUCCUCAACUUCGGCCGCUACGGCCGGGGGAUCUGGUGCGACCCCUGCAGCUAACAAUGUCAACCCGGCUCCGUCGUCUAGCCAAGGACCCGCAGCACCAGAGAAUCAUGAUUGGGAUGCCAUCUUUGCCAGUCUAGACUCCCCCAAUGAUACGACUGCGGACAGGAAGAGUGGCGAAGAGGCGAAGAGUCCGGUGCAGAACCUAAGCCCUGAAAGGCCGAACAUGGCUGGCAGGGCGUUGACGCAAGAGGGAAAGCAUGAUGAUCCCAUUCUAAAGAAUCUGACAGGCAUGGGCUACUCGAGGACGGAUGCGUUGAACGCGCUGGAGAAAUAUGACUAUAAUCUUGAGCGGGCCGCGAAUUUCCUCGCGAGCCACUCUUAG